AUGCCGCACAGCCUUCCAGAUCUCACGGAGUGAUAGGGGAGAUUCAGUGUUCUCAAACGACCUCCUCUACAUGGGGCAGCUGGACCAUAGACAGUUCUCCCUUAAGGCAAUGUUCCUAGCAGCCUGAAACAAACUUUACCCAUUGGAGGGGGAUACCUCAGAGAGCAACCCCUAAGAUUCCCUUCCGCGGUAACCGAGAGCUGGGAGCUGAGCGGUCCAGUUUCCGGCAAGCUCUCAGUACAGCAAAGCAGAGCUUGGCUAUUUCCCGGUCUGGGUGACACUAAAGUCCUGGGCUGGAUCUCUGGCACCACAGCUCUUUGGAACAAAAGGCCUCCCGAGAGCGUGCGCACUUCAGCCCUCCUCUCGGUGCAAAAUCCUCCGGAGCAGCGCCCUCCAAAGAUCAACAGGCGUCAGCUGUGCAGGACGGGAAAGCUCAAGCUUGACCAACAGAGGCUGGGCUUUAUUAGUGGAGCCAUAUUAGUGGAAUCGCCUGCACUUGCUAGCGCUGGCUUACGCAGUCCAUCCGUACCAUCUGUGCAGCUGCCACCAUGGGUUUGGAGAUCUACCUCGACCUGCUGUCACAGCCCAGCCGCGCGGUCUACAUCUUCGCCAAGAAGAACGGCAUUCCCUUCCAGAUGCACACCGUGAAUAUAAUCAAAGGACAGAACUUGAGUGAGCAAUUCUCCCAGGUGAACUGCCUGCGGAAACUUCCUGUCCUCAAAGACGGAAACUUCGUGUUGACCGAAAGCUCAGCCAUCCUGAUUUACCUGAGUUCCAAGUACCAGGUGGCAGACCACUGGUACCCAGCUGACCUGCAGGCCCGUGCCCGAGUCCAUGAGUACCUAGGCUGGCAUGCCGAUAACAUCCGUGGCACCUUUGGAGUGCUCCUGUGGACCAAGGUGUUGGGGCCACUCAUUGGGAUCCAGGUUCCAGAGGAGAAGGUGGAACGGAACAGAAAGAACAUGGUCGCGGCUCUGCAGCGUCUGGAGGAAAAGUUCCUUGGGGACAGGGCUUUCCUUGCUGGCCAGCAGGUGACACUGGCUGAUCUCAUGUGUCUGGAGGAGCUGAUACAGCCGGUGGCUCUUGGCUAUAAUCUGUUUGAGGGACGGCCACAACUAAGAGCAUGGCGAGAUCGGGUGGAGGCAUUCUUGGGUGCCGAUCUGUGUCAGGAGGCCCAUAGCUCCAUCCUGAGCAUCUUGGAACAGGCAGCCAAAAAAAUACUACCAGUUCCCCCUCCAGAGGCCCACGCUGGCAUGCAGCUUCGAAUUGCUAGGAUUCCCUGAGUGGUCUGACUAGCAGUAAAGUUUCAUGUUGUUUCUUGGCUCCUUUUAUCUUUUCUAUUUGCCCAAGGCCUUUUCCUGGCUUCCUCUCUGGCUCUGGGAGGAGCUUUGCACAAAAGAGACACCAGGUAUCCUUAGCAUGCUUCUCUUGAGGCACAGUAUACAUAACCAAUAAGAGACCAAAAUGAAUAAUACGCUAAAAACCAGUAAUACAAAGAAAAACCAUUCAAAAGUUAGCACACAUCUGUACUUUAUUACAAUAAAAAGUCUGACUAUUUUAAGUAAUAAAGAGUUAUUGGUUUUA